GAUGUCUGAUUCCAGGGUGUCCUCCGUCAUCCAGGAGUGGGGGUCCUCGUACCCGGGUCAGGUCCACGGUCAGGUUCUGAGCUCCUCCAACCAGGGGGCCCCGACCAACCAGAUGUCCCCGAUGGACAUGAUGUCCUACAGUCAGUGUCAGGGGAUCAUGAGGGGGGGCGCUGAGGACAGGGAGCAGGUGGCGUUCCUGUCCUACACGUCCGGCUCCGGCGGGUCGAGCCACCAUCAGAUCAACGCUCAGCAGGACUUCUCCCCCUUCCUGCUGCCGUCCCUCCGGGCCCCCGUCUCCAAGAGGGUCAUCAGCAAGGACAGCGCCGAGUACCGCCAGAGACGGGAGAAGAACAACAUCGCCGUGAGGAAGAGCCGGGACAAGGCCCGGCGGCGGGUCCUGCUGACCCAGCAGAGGGCCCUGCAGCUGCAGGAGGAGAACCAGAAGCUGCAGGUCAAGGUGGGACAGCUGAGCCAGGAGCUGGACACCCUGAGACACAUCCUGUCCCAGCGGCACCUGCAGGGGCCCGACGAGCACGGCCUCUGACGGUCCAGCUGGGAAACUGGAACUCCGAGGCCCGGCUCGCGUGCGAAGUAGAACUGGACUUUGUGCAACGG